AAAACAAAGCGAAGCAAAACGUACAGCACCGGGGAUUCGCUGGUCGUCACCGACCCAACUACUAAUCCGGCGGUUGGUAGCUUAUCUAGGGGAGAGCGGACGGGAUCCCGAGUUCUCUACCACCUAUGGCCGUACAUGUCUGGGUCUGUAAAAUAUCCGGAAUAUAAAGAGUGGUUGCACUAUGGGUGUCGACGAAGUUACAAAGCAGUUGACGAUGGUGAUUAUGGCCUUGCGGAGUUCUGA